AACUUAAAAUCUAAAGACAAGUUGACAAGUUGAAGAUUGCAUUUUCAAGAAUUUGGUCCACAUAGAAGGCAUCAACUUUUAUAAGAGCGCUCUCCACCUCCCAUCAAAGUCCCGAAGGCAGAGAUAAACGAAAUGGCGGAAACAUGCGACUUCCUCGCGACAAAGAGAUAUGCAGUGGUGAGUGGAGGAAACAAGGGAAUUGGAUUGGAAAUAUGUAAGCAGUUGGCUUCCAAAGGUGUCACCGUGGUGUUAACUGCUAGAGAUGAGAAAAGGGGGCUUCAAGCUCUUGACAAGCUCAAGGAAUCUGGUCUUUCUCAUAAUCUGGUUUUCCACCAGCUCGAUGUCACUAACCCUCUUAGCGUUGCUUCUCUUGCUGCUUUCAUCAACACCCAAUUCGGGAAACUUGAUAUCUUAGUCAAUAAUGCAGCAAUUGCUGGAGCCAAUCUGAACUAUGAGAUUUUAACUACCGCUGUUGAAAAAGCGAGUGAUUGGCCAGUAGGGGAGGAAGUGUGGAAUGAGAUUAUUACAAGUGAAACUUAUGAUAUGGUCCAAGAUUGCCUAAAAACCAAUUACUAUGGUAUGAAAGCAAUGGUUGAAGCGCUACUUCCCCUCCUCAACUUGUCUGAUUCCGCCAGGAUUGUCAAUGUUUCCUCUUUUCUUGGUUUACUGGAGAUAAUGACGUGUAAAUGGGCGAAAGAAGUGCUAAGCGAUGUGGAAAAGCUGAGCGAGGAGAGAGUGGAAUUAGUGCUGAACAAGUAUCUUGAAGAUUUUCGAGACGGAGCGUUGAAAACCAAUGGGUGGCCAACUUAUAUUGGACCAUCUACUUAUAUUGUCUCCAAAGCAGCUAUGAAUGCCUACACUAGGAUACUGGCCAAGAAUUACCCCACUUUUUGCAUCAAUUGCGUGCACCCUGGCUUUGUCAAAACCGAUAUUACCGGCAGCACUGGAUUUUACACCCCUGCUCAAGGGGCAGAGAAUGUAGUGAGAGUAGCGUUGCUACCCAUUGGUGCCUCUUCCGGUCUUUUCUACAAUUGCCAACAAGUUUCAAGUUUUUAAACAAAAUAAUACAUUACAACUUGGUGAAUUAUCCCAAAAUUACAGCCAAAUGUUAUUGUUUUUCAUGGUUUAUCUUAUAAUAAACUUUUUGUUGGUGUA